AUGUUUCCGCGCGCACGUUAUAAGCUGCAGUCGUCCGCGAUUCAAAGUCGCAGGUAUUGCUUCGCCACUGCUUCGCCAGAUUUGGAGAGGCUACGCAUGUUUAAGCGCCGUCCCGCCAAUUUUGCAGCGUUUCUCAACUUGAGUGAUAUCUCAACCUCGAGCAUCGAUCAAUUGUCAUGGAUGACGCGUCACGAAGCAUAUCAUAUGGGCGGAGUCCAAAGGUCCAAACGGAACUUCGAAUAUAAUUAUUGGCUGAACAGGCUAUUUGCAGCACGUUUGGUGGGAGGCCUAAAUCUCGCAUAUACCAGAUUCUAUACUUGGUCACCAACCACGCGUUUUGUCUUGUUUUAA